GGCCUCAGUAACAUGCUGUUCCAGUGUUCCCUGCCUGACACCAUGGCAGCUGUGGGCGACGAGCCUCGGACGGUGCUGCUUCGGCUGUACGGGGCCAUCCUGCAGAUGCAGUCCUGUAACAAAGAGGGAUCCGAACAAGCUCAGAAAGAAAAUGAAUUUCAAGGGGCUGAGGCCAUGGUUCUGGAAAGUGUGAUGUUUGCCAUUCUUGCUGAGAGGGCGCUGGGCCCCAAACUCUACGGGAUCUUCCCCCAAGGCCGCCUGGAGCAGUUCAUUCCGAGCCGACGAUUAGAAACGGAAGAAUUAAGUGUGCCAGAUAUUUCUGCAGAUAUUGCUAAGAAGAUGGCCAUUUUUCAUGGUAUGAAAAUGCCAUUCAAUAAGGAACCCAAGUGGCUCUUUGGCACAAUGGAAAAAUACUUAGAUCAAGUGCUGAAAAUGAAAUUUACCGGCGACUCUAGAACGAAGCUCCACAGGCUGCUCAGAUACAACCUGCCGUCGGAGAUGGAGAGCCUGAGGUCGCUGCUGGAAUCCACCGCGUCCCCAGUUGUUUUCUGCCAUAAUGACUGUCAGGAAGGUAACAUCUUACUGCUGGACGACCAAGAGGGCUCAGGGAAGCAGAAGCUGAUGCUCAUCGACUUUGAAUACAGCAGCUACAAUUACAGGGGAUUCGACAUUGGGAACCAUUUCUGUGAAUGGAUGUAUGACUAUACCUAUGAAAAAUACCCUUUCUUCAGAGCCAGCAUCCUCAAGUACCCCACCAAGAAACAGCAGCUCCAUUUUUUUUCCCAUUACUUGGCUGCCUUCCAAAAUGAAUUUGAAAACCUCAGUAAUGAAGAAAAGUCCGUUAUAGAAGAAGAAAUGCUGCUUGAAGUCAACAGGUUCGCCCUUGCCUCCCAUUUCUUCUGGGGACUGUGGUCCAUCGUGCAGGCCAAGAUUUCAUCGAUUGAAUUUGGCUACAUGGACUAUGCCCAGGCAAGGUUCGAUGCCUACUUUGACCAGAAGAGGAAGCUCGGGGUGUGA